CAUCCAUCAUCCAUCCAGUAAAAAUAAUCACUUUCAUUAGAAGUUGAUAAGUUUAAUAUUUUGAUUAUUUUAUGAUUUAACUAAUGUGUGCCAAUUAAUUAGUUUUUAUAAGUCAAAAAAAUGUUGGUUCUCUUUGAAACCCCAGCCGGGUAUGCUAUAUUUAAGCUACUGGACGAAAAGAAACUGAAAGAGACUGAUAAUUUAUAUCGAGACUUUACGACGCCUGAAUCUGCUGGAAAAAUCGUCAAACUUAAACAUUUUGAAAAAUUCGGUGACACCACCGAAGCCCUUGCUGCCACAACUGCAGCUGUAGAAGGUAAAAUAUCGAAGAGUUUGAAAAAAGUGUUAAAGAAACAUGUUGAUAAAGAUCUCCAAGAACAACUUUUAGUCGCCGAUGCUAAACUAGGAUCUGCCAUUAAAGAAAAAUUCAGUUUACAAUGCCUGUCCAAUUCGUCUGUUCAGGAGUUAAUGAGAUGCAUUCGAUCCCAAUUAGACAGUUUAAUUUCUGGUUUGCCCAAGAAAGAAAUGACCGCUAUGGCAUUGGGUUUAGCCCAUUCGUUGUCUAGGUACAAGCUUAAAUUUUCCCCAGAUAAAGUGGAUACUAUGAUAGUGCAAGCAGUUUCUUUAUUAGACGAUCUAGAUAAAGAAUUAAACAAUUACAUAAUGAGGUGUAGAGAAUGGUAUGGCUGGCACUUUCCAGAAUUGGGAAAGAUCGUUACCGAUAACGUAGCUUUUGCAAAAACUGUCAAAAUUAUUGGCACGAGAGAAAAUACAGCUAACUCAGAUUUAUCAGAUAUUCUACCAGAAGAAGUUGAGGAGAAAGUUAAAGAAGCCGCUGAAAUAUCGAUGGGUACUGAAAUUGCGGAAGAAGACAUCAUAAACAUCCAAAAUUUAUGCGACCAAGUUAUCGAUAUCACUAACUACAGAACACAGCUGUAUGACUAUCUAAAAACAAGAAUGUUGGCGAUGGCACCGAAUUUAACUGUACUGGUAGGUGAAUUAGUUGGUGCAAGGUUGAUUUCCCAUGCAGGUUCUUUGAUUAAUUUAGCAAAACAUCCCGCCUCUACAGUACAAAUUUUGGGAGCCGAGAAAGCGUUGUUUAGGGCUCUUAAAACGAAGAAGGAUACUCCAAAGUAUGGUUUGAUAUAUCAUGCACAAUUGGUGGGGCAAUCUAGUACUAAAAAUAAAGGAAAAAUGUCUAGGAUGUUGGCUGCGAAGGCGUCACUGGCUACUCGUGUUGAUGCUCUUGGUGAAGAUGGAACAUUUACUUUAGGAGCCGAGCACAAAGCAAAACUAGAGGCACGAUUAAGAGUAUUGGAAGAAGGAAAUGUGAGAAGGAUAAGCGGUACCGGAAAAGCCAAGGCCAAGUUCGAAAAAUACCAUGGAAUCAGCGAGAUUAAGCAGUACCCGGACGCCGCCGAUUCGACCCUGCCCGUAGUGAAGCGAAAGAGAUCAGAAUCUGAAGAUGUUAAAGAAGAAAUCAAAGAAGAAGAUCCCGCAACUCCAGGAUCCUCAAAGAAAAAGAAGAAAAUUAAAGCAGAAAUACAAGCAGGCACAUCUGAGACGAACCUAGAACAAGCUGAAGAGUCGCCCAAAAAGAAGAAAAAGAAGGUGAAGCAAGAGAAGCUAGAUGAAAGCAUCCAAGAACAAAUAGAGGGCGAGGACGGAGAAGAGACAGUAUCGAAGAAAAAGAAGAAGAAAAAAGUAAAGCAAGAAUUGGAGGAGUCGCAGGUCGAGGAAGUUGCUCAAGAAACUGAAGAACCUAGUUCCGAGAAAAAGAAGAAAAAAAAGAAGAAGAAGCAGUCAGAAAGUGAGGAACAGUGAAACGGGUUUAAAAUUAAAAAAUUGCUAAACACUUGUUAAGAAAUCGCUAGAACACUAGGUUAUUUUUGUAUAUAAGAUUAAGUAAAAAAUAUACAUUCUAAUUAGAAAAGUUGAAUUUUUCUAUUUUCUAGUGAUUAAAACUUCUUAUCUAUCUCUAUUAUCGCAAUAGUUUAUUAAAAAAUUAUUUUUUAUUUGAAUUCAUUUGUAAUUUUUUUCUUAAAUAAUUCUAAAUUGUAGUAAUUGCACGGAGGUAAUAACAUCCAGGGAAGUUGUUUGAAAUACAUGGAAGUUUUAAAAGUAUAACGCGAAAGUAAUUGUUAGGUUGGAGUUAUUUUUGUUGUUUUUUUAAUAAAACAUUUCAAUUAUUUGUAUUU